AUGCAUCCAUCCGAGCAACGAGACCCCUAUUCAACAGCCUCCUACACGGUCGCAUGGAUCUGUGCCUUGGAAGAGGAGUACUUCUGUGCAUGCCGUAUGCUAGACGAAGAAUUCGCUGAACCGGAAAUUAGCGACGACAACGACGAUAAUACAUACAUCUACGGUCGCAUCGCGAAACAUUAUGUGGUAAUUGGGUGUCUCCCAGCUGGUCGGUAUGGCACCAACUCAGCCGCUCGUGUUACCCGGGACAUGGUCCGGACUUUUCCUCGUCUGCGGUUCGCAUUAAUGGUGGGCAUCGGGGGCGGUGCACCAAGUCCCCAAAAUGAUAUACGACUGGGUGAUAUUGUCGUCAGUCAACCAAGAAAUGGAUCCGGUGGUGUCAUUCAAUAUGAUUUGGGCAAGUUGAAAGAUGGUCAUUUUCAGAAGACAGGUCAACUGAAUGCACCACCUGAGAAACUGCUGGGAGUCAUUCCAGAGAUACGACGAUUGCACGGUGACAAAAAGAAGCCAGACAGACUCGCAGAACAUCUUCGACUCCUUGAUGACAUGGAAGAUUAUCAAAAGCCGGCUGUUGAUCGGCUCUACGUUGCAGACUAUUCACAUGUGUAUGGACCAGAUUGCGAUGGAUGUGACCUACACGCAACAGUAGACCGCUUCGAGCGCCAGAACCACCGUACCCUCCAUGUCCACUACGGAACUAUUGCGUCAGGUAAUUCCCUUCUUAAGAACGCCAAAGUACGCGAUACAUACGCCCAAGACCCAGAAUUGAACAUUCUUUGUUUUGAGAUGGAGGCUGCGGGACUCAUGAAUAACAUCCCAUGUUUGGUUAUUCGCGGUAUCUGUGAUUAUUGCGACUCUCACAAAAAUGAUGAGUGGCAUAAGUAUGCUGCCCUUGUUGCUGCUGCUUAUGCACGAGAGCUCCUGCUGGUUCUACGGCCGCAACGAGUGGAUGCCAUGCCCCCUUGGGCCGAGCGAGUCGCCCAAGAGCUUCAACAAGUUACUCAGGAGUUGACUAUUCUUAGCAACGACCAAAGGUUGUAUAUUUAUCUAUCGCAUGAGAUCAAUGCACUCUCGCUCACUUUGAAUAGAACUGCUCUGACGAAAAUCGAACGUAUUAGCCAGAAGAUUGGGUUCGACAAGUUGCCAGCUGUUCAAGAGGCACAGUUUGACUCUUUCUCUGAUCGAGAUGAGAUCCAAUGUCUUCAAGGCACAAGGACCGACCUCCUCCGACAGAUAAAGGAAUGGGCUACUUCGCCAUCUCAAAAAAACAUUUUCUGGUUAAAGGGAAUGGCUGGGACAGGGAAAUCCACAAUAUCUCGAACUGUAGCACGAUCGCUCAAGGACACUAACAGUCUCGGUGCCAGCUUCUUUUUCAAGAGGGGCGAAGAGGACCGAGGGAACGCAAAGAAAUUCUUCCCCACAAUAAUCAGUCAAAUUAUGAGGUGGAAUCCAGAACUGAUGGGGUUUGUGCAAACUGUACUCGAUGAUGAGCCUGGCAUUACGUCGAAAUCACUCAGAGAGCAAUUCGAAAGACUACUCCUUCAACCACUGCUCAGUCUUACCCAACUCGGCCGACAAACUCAGACUGCUGUCAUAGUAGUUGAUGCUUUGGAUGAAUGUGAACAUGCCCAAGAUAUCCGAAACAUCAUUCAAUUCCUACCUCUUCUACAAAAGGUGAAAUCAGUUCGCCUACGGAUUUUCUUGACCAGCAGGCCUGAACUCCCAAUCAGUCUCGGGUUUUCAGAGAUCGGGGAUCAUGCAUAUCAGGACCUGGCUCUUCAUGAGAUACCCAAAGAAGUAACUGAACACGAUAUACAUUUAUUCUUACAACACCGAUUUGCGAAAAUCAAACGUGACAAAAAAAUCUUCCAGAGCUGGCCUGGCGAUGACGUCAUCCAGGAAUUGGUUAGGAUAUCCAUUCCACUGUUUAUUUCGGCUGCGACUGUGUGCCGCUACAUUGAGAACUCAAAAUUGGAACCCAAAUUGCGCCUCGCAGAGCUUCUAAAGGACCAAGCGAAAUAUGUUACCGGAAUGGAAAAGACAUAUUCACCAAUUCUGACGCAACUACUAAAUGAUCCAGAGAGCGAUGAGUCAGAACAGCAGCAGCUUCUACAAGAGUUUCAGGAUAUCGUUGGUGUCGUCAUUCUUCUUGAAGUCCCGCUUUCUAUCAAUGCACUAUCGAUAUUCCUUGGGAUGGGAGCGGACCAGAUCUGCAAUCUAUUAGAAUCAUUUCGGUCGGUUUUAAGCUUUCCCAGUGAUCUAGAUCAACCUGUUAGGAUCCUGCAUCUAUCGUUUCGGGAGUUUCUAGUCCGAUCUAAAGCACAAUUCCGUGUGGACGAGCAAGAAAAGAACAGGGAGAUAGCUAAGUGCUGUCUUGAAACUAUGCGAAGACAUCUACGCAGAGAUAUUUGCAACCUCACCGACCCUGGAGUGCUCAGGAGAGACAUCAACCCUCUCAAUAUCUGCCAUUGUCUAUCACCAGAAUUGCAAUACUCCUGUCGCUACUGGAUACAUCAUGUUCAAAAGGGCCAGUCUUCAUCUUCCGAAAUAGAAGAGGCGCGACUAUUCCUCCAGAAGCAUUUUCUUCACUGGAUGGAAGUGAUGAGCCUGCUGGGUCUUAUAUCAGAGGUAGUGGGUAUGCUUGAUCUUCUCCGCACAGUAAUACCAGAGGGUAAUCAUUCUGCCUUUGCCGAUUUCUUACAUGAUGCAAAGCGUUUUGUUCUGAAAAAUCGGCAGAUAGCGGAUGCAGCACCACUUCAGAUUUACUGUGCAGGGCUGGUAUUUGCACCGCGAGCAUCAAUAAUCCGCAGAGAAUCCCGGUUAGAGCUUCCUAACUGGAUCAGCCAGUUCCCGCAGGUUCAGGAAACCUGGAGUGCAGAAUUGCAGACGCUCGAGGGCCAUACAGACCGGGCUUCGUCAGUGGCCUUCUCCCCCGAUGGCCGGCUGCUGGCGUCUGGCUCCGACGAUAAGACAGUCCGGCUCUGGGAUACGGCCACGGGCGCUCUGCAGCAGACGCUCGAGGGCCAUACAGACCGGGCCAUGUCAGUGGCCUUCUCCCCCGAUGGCCGGCUGCUGGCGUCUGGCUCCGACGAUGCGACAGUCCGGCUCUGGGAUACGGCCACGGGCGCUCUGCAGCAGACGCUCGAGGGCCAUACAAACCGGGUCAGGUCAGUGGCCUUCCCCCCCGAUGGCCGGCUGCUGGCGUCUGGCUCCAACGAUGAGACAGUCCGGCUCUGGGAUCCAGCCACGGGCGCUCUGCAGCAGACGCUCGAGGGCCAUACACACUGGGUUUCGUCAGUGGCCUUCUCCCCCGAUGGCCGGCUGCUGGCGUCUGGCUCCAACGAUAAGACAGUCCGGCUCUGGGAUCCGGCCACGGGCGCUCUGCAGCAGACGCUCGAGGGCCAUACACACUGGGUUUC